AUGGCCCGAAAGACCAAACCGAAGUCUAAGCCAAAGGCGCAACCUAUCCAUUCUGCCAAUUCCACACCGGUCCAACAGGACGAUGUCCAGGCCGCGUAUCAGACCCUCGUGGACAUUCGCAACAAACUCGAGGCCCCAAAGAAGCGCACCGCAAAACAGCAAACGAAAAUCCUCAGAGAAGAAUGGCCGGCCGCUGUCACGAAAUACAGCGAAUUAUGGAAUCUCCAAUUCGCUCGUGAGAUAGAGACCCGUCUACCGACCGAACUGAGAGCGAUGAUCUUCGACUAUAUUUGGGAUAAGAAAGCAUUCAAGUAUCAUGAAGAGUCGAUGCAAUACCGUCUCAAGGCUGAGAGUUGCCGCAGAGAGUUGCCGCACUUCAUUCAAAGCCGCUUCAUGGGUUUGAAAAUAGCCCACGAAGUUAUGGUGAAGUGGUACGAGGUACAACCCGACCGUAGCGAUUCUGGCAGCUAUCCCGACAUUGAUGGCUUUGGUCCAGUUGAAUACAUCACCAUAGCAUCAACGGAACGAGUCGUCUGUCAAGAUAUUUGGGAUGUUGGACUUAUUCCCGCAGAUGUUUUGCAGUCACUGUAUGUUUGUCUUUGGGAAUCCAAUACAGACAUCGAUGCAGAAGGCGAGACGCUUGUCAAGACCCUGAUGAGUAUCAGGAAGAAGAGGAAUUUCAGUCUCCAUAUCGAAUUGGUUCAACAGGAGGUCAGGUUAAACUUGUGGGUCCCGUGGAUCGAACUCCUGAGACCUGUUCUUCAGGCAUAUGAACGCGAAGGAGGGCAUUUGCGUUUCAAAUGGGGGCAUCCGUUUAACAGGUACGACGACAUAGAGUUUGACCUCACCGAGGUGCUCAGAGAUACGAGUGGAAGUGAACAGUGGAGGCAAGAUGCGAGAGAGUAUCUGGACAGUCUGGAUGACUAUAUCCUCAAGGAAUAUCACGAGGAUCCGUGGAUCGCAUUUUCGGAACGCCAUUACCUUAUCGAGAAUGAGCCAGAUUAUGACCCCAAGAAUUAUGCUCAUCCUGCGCUCAACACUCCGCCCGGCUUCUAUCCUGAUUCAUCAGAAUAUAGCGAUAGCGAAGAUGAUAGCGAAGACGAUGCUAGUCAAGACGAUGCUGGCGAAGACGAUCUCAGCGAAGAGGACUCAAGCGCAGACGACGCUAGCGAAGACGAUGUCAACGCGGACGAUGCUGGCGAACAUGACUCUACUGCGCAAGUCUCUACUACAGAUUAA